AUGGAUUUUAGGAAACAGUUCCGCCGCGGUGAGCCCGGGGACGGCGCAGGACCCUCGGACUUCAUCUCCCGUCGGCCCGUGGGGGGAGCGCCGGAAGCCCGCCCCGCCCCUCAUUGUGCGGCUCGUACUAAACGGAAGGGGCCGGGAGAGGCCGCGUUCAGUCGGAUCCCGGCAGCAGCUGCAGCGGCUCUCACCUCUCCUGACUCUCCUUGCUAUCUCCUUUUCGCUUCCGGAAACAUGGCCUCCGGCGUGGCGGUCUCCGAUGGUGUCAUCAAAGUGUUCAAUGACAUGAAGGUGCGCAAGUCCUCGACACCAGAGGAGGUGAAGAAGCGCAAGAAGGCAGUGCUCUUCUGCCUGAGUGAGGACAAGAAGAACAUCAUCUUGGAGGAGGGCAAGGAGAUCCUGGUGGGUGAUGUGGGCCAGACUGUAGACGACCCCUAUGCCACCUUUGUCAAGAUGUUGCCAGACAAGGACUGCCGCUAUGCCCUCUACGACGCAACCUAUGAGACCAAGGAGAGCAAGAAGGAGGACCUGGUGUUUAUCUUCUGGGCACCUGAGUCUGCACCCCUCAAGAGCAAAAUGAUUUAUGCCAGCUCCAAGGAUGCCAUCAAGAAAAAGCUGACGGGAAUCAAGCAUGAAUUACAAGCAAACUGCUACGAGGAGGUCAAGGACCGCUGCACCCUGGCAGAGAAACUGGGGGGCAGUGCCGUCAUCUCCCUGGAGGGCAAGCCUUUGUGAGCCCCCUCCAGCCCCCUGCCUGGAGCAUCUGGCAGCCCCAGACCCUGCCCAUGGGGGUUGCAGGCUGCCCCCUUCCUGCCAGACCGGAGGGGCUGGGGGGAUCCCAGCAGGGGGAGGGCAAUCCCUUCACCCCAGUUGCCAAACAGCCCCCCUCACCCCCUGGACCUUCCUCUUCCCUCUAUCCCUGACGGUUCUGGCCUUCCCAAACCGCUUCUGAUCUUCUGAUUCCUCUUGGGUUGAAGCAGACCAAGUUCCCCCCAGGCACCCCAGUUUGGGGGGGGCCUGUAUUUUUUUUAACGACACCCCAAUUCCCCACCUGUUCCUCCCUUUUCCCAUGCUGCCAACUUCUAACCGCAAUAGUGACUCCGUGCUUGUCUGUUUAGUUCUGUGUAUAAAUGGAAUGUUGUGGAGAUGACCCCUCCUUGCGCCGCCUGGUUCCCCUCCCCUUUUCCCCUGGUCUUGGCCACCCGUGGAAGCAGGACCAGUAAGGGACCUUCAAUUAAAAAAAAACCAACACACACA